AUGCCUUACAAUGUAUUGACUGAGAAUGUGAUGCCUUACUAUGUAUUUACUGAGAGUGUGAUGCCUUACUAUGUGUUGACUGAUAUUGUGAUGCCUUACCAUGAAUUUAUUCAAGAUAUGAUGCAUUACUAUGUUUUGACUGAGAGCGUGAUGCCUUACAAUGUAUUGACUGAUAGUGUGAUGCCUUACUAUGUUUUGACUGAGAUGUUGACUGAUAGUGUGAUGCCUAACAAUGUGUUGACUGAUGGUGUGAUGCCUUACAAUGUGUUGACUAAUAGUGUGAUACCUUACAAUACGUUGACUGAGAGUGUGAUGCCUUACCAUGUGUUGACUAAGGGUGUGAUGCCUUACAAUGUAGUGACUGAGGGUGUGGUGCCUUACUAUGUGCUGACUGAUGGUGUCAUGCCUUACCAUGUGUUGACUGAUAGUGUGAUGCCUUAA